AUGUCCCAAGAUACCAAUAUACCAGAAGAAGAAAUUUUCAAAAGUAUAGAUGCUGACAUAAUUCAGAAAUCAUUGAAAGGGAGUCAUGUCAAAGUACACAUUGAUAACCUUAUUUCUCCAGUCAAUGAUCAUUGCAUUAGAUUGCUGAAUGAAAAUCAUGUGAAUGAACUGGUUGAGUCAUUUACGAAAAACUUCAAGCCUUAUACUACAUUGGUUGGACUUGUAAAUGAGGAUUUUACAACUGAUGACCUUGCAACACCAGGAAAAAAACAUAUAGAGGUUCUUGGUGGAAACCACGCAAGAGCGGCAUUACAGAAAAUUUUAAAUUCUGGUGAAUGCACUCUUAAAGAACAAUAUGAGUUUGUUUAUAUGGAUAUAUACCAAAACUUGACAAAAGAUCAGGCUCUGUUUCUUGCAUACAAACAUAAUGAGCUCCAUGAACACUCUCAGGAGUUGAGCUUUGCAGAGAAAGUCUGUUUUUUUCAUAGACUGUUUCUAAAUUGUCAGAGGAAUUAUGCUGGACAACCCCAUAAAACUAUAUCAACUAAAUGGAGAUCCGACAUUGCAGCAAUUAUGAACAAAUCUAAAACAGAUCUCAAAAACUCUUAUAAAGUCCAUCUUAACUUAGCAGCCAGCGAAAAUGACAUUUGGGAACUCAUUAAAGAUGUCUUCAACGCUUUUGAAAAUGGUUGCAUUAAAGGCCAAAAAAGAGCUGAGCAGUGUUCUCAGUAUUGUUUUUGGCAUUUUUCUAAAGUCAAAAACAAUGAAUUGAAAAUCUCCUUGCUUACCAGAUUUAAAAAUGGAGAAAUGAUGCCGGAGGAAUUUCGAAGUGCUUGUCAGAGAUGUGAAAGAGAGAAUGAUCAGAGCAAACCAAGUAAACAUGAACCCUUCACUAACCGGUCAAAGAAAAAAAGUGAGAAGGAAACUGGAGUUCAGACAGAAAAUGAAAAUUUACUCUAUGAGAAAGAAGAGGAAAUAAAAAGACUUCAACAGCAAAUAACACUAUUGUCAGAAAAGCUGAAACAUGCUGAACAGUCUGUUGAACAACAGAAUAAUUUUCUAAAAGAAAAGGAUAGCAAGAUUAUUGCCCUGAAGAAGAGUUUACUCGCUAUAUUAACUAAAGCUGAGGAGCAAAAAGUAACAGAGGCCAAUUUGAAUAAGACGGUAACUGAAUUGCAAGAAAAAUUAAAAGAUGAAAUCCAAAAUAAACUGCAUGCUGAGGAUGCAGCUGCACGUGCCAGACAGAAUCUUCAAUUGACAUCUAGUGGUCAUCAAAAAUGUUUAGAGAAAAAUAAGGGUGCUAUUUUUGAAGAACGCCCCCAAGAAUGCUCAACUAGUGAAAAAAAGAUAAACAAAGGUACCAAGGACAACCAAGAUUCAGAAGUAGUUCUUGUUGAGUACACAAAAGGGAAAAUCUAUUAUGCAUUAAGGAAUAGAACCAUCCUGACAUACUGCCACAAACAUGUCGGAGUAAUUCAAGAUGAUCAAUUUUUGCAUCGGCCACAAAAGCUAUCCUUCAAAAUAAAUGAGAAGGACCAACAAACUUUUGAAGAAGAGUUUAUAAUUUUAUCAAUGAAGGGAGAUGUUGAAGAAAAAAUGAUCAAAAUUGACAAGCUUUCAGCAUCUAUUGAUGAGCAAUUGAUGGCAGUAAACAACUACAUCAAGGAAAAAUAA